UUCUUCUUCUUCUUAUACCGCUUGGCUAAAAGGCUGCAACAAGCAGUAUUAGAAGUUGAUUGUUGAAGAAAAAAAAGCAGAAGCAAAGAAUUAAUAAUGGGUGGAAGAGUAGAGAGAAUAAAGCUGGGUUCUCAGGGACUGGAGGUGUCUGCACAAGGCUUAGGGUGCAUGGGAAUGUCCGCCGCCUACGGUCCUCCAAAGCCUGAUGAAGACAUGAUCUCUCUCAUCCAUCAUGCCAUCCACACUGGUGUCACCUUCCUCGACACCUCCGACAUCUAUGGCCCCUUCACCAAUGAAAUCCUCCUUGGAAAGGCUUUGAAGGGAGGGGUAAGAGAGAAGGUGGAAUUGGCAACAAAGUUUGGUGCUAGCUUUGCGGAUGGGAAGAUGGAGAUCCGUGGCGAUCCAGGGUAUGUGAGAGCAGCUUGUGAGGCCAGUUUGAAGCGCCUCAAUAUUGAUUGUAUUGAUCUCUACUAUCAGCAUCGUGUUGACACCCGCGUUCCCAUUGAAGUCACGACUGGAGAACUCAAGAAACUAGUUGAAGAGGGUAAAGUGAAGUAUAUAGGUCUAUCUGAGGCCUCUGCUUCUACAAUCAGAAGGGCACAUGCGGUUCAUCCCAUAACUGCUGUGCAGCUAGAGUGGUCUUUGUGGUCUAGAGAUGUGGAGGAAGAAAUUAUUCCUACAUGCAGGGAACUAGGGAUUGGGAUUGUGGCAUACAGUCCUCUAGGACGAGGGUUCUUUUCAUCUGGGUCUAAGAUUCUUGAAAAUCUGACUGACGGUGAUUUCCGAAAGAUGGGGGAGGUAGAAGUUGGAACAUACUUUUCCAUCAUGAGAUUAAUGACUAGGAAACGGGGAGAUUUCACUCUUUCUUUGAGCAUGUUUCUGCCAAAAUUCCAAGGGGGGGGGGGGGGGUUGGGUGAUGAUGUUAUGAUUUGGCAGUUGAAUCGUUUAUGGGAUGGGAUUCUUACAAUAGAUAACCUUGUUAAAAAGAACUUGCCUCUUGUUAAUUGGUGUUGCCUAUGUCGGUGUGAUGAUGAAACUGUGGAUUACCUUCUACUCCAUUGUAGUUUUGCUCAUGCUUUGUGGAGUGAGGUUCUUCUUUUGUUUGGGGUUCAGUGGGUGAUGCCGAAUAGUGAAUACAAUUGUCUCUCUUCUUUUCGCUUGGAGGAAUUGAUUGGGGAAUUAUUCUUCAAAUGUUUGGAAUAUAGUACUAGCAUGUCUUAUGUGGUGAGUAUGGAAGGAACGCAAUGCUUGAACUUUUGAGGACACUGAGAGACCUAUUUAUCUGUUGAAGAAUUUGCUAGCUAGGACCUUGUUUGAGUGGUCUCAUAUUUGGGGUCUUACACAUUGUAUUUUCUUGUCUUUUUUUCCUUAUUUUUGUUAGAGUUUCUAUUUUAUUUUAUUAUUAUUUUUUUGGUAUUAUUUUCUUUGUUGUGAAUUUACAAUCGUAAACACAUUGCACUUUUGCUAUCAGUAAAACUUUAUUACCUAAAAAAAAAAAAAAA